GAAACGCGGCUGAGGCCACGUUUCCGAACCUGGUGCUUUUUUAUCCGAAGACGCCGAAUUUAAAAUAAACCGUCCCGCGGCUGCCCACUGGGCGGGCUGGCAUUGUGUCGAGGGAGCCGCUCCGCAGGGCAGCACGAGAAAAGGGCGAGCGGAGAAGAGGAACGGGAAGCGGAGCCGGGCGCGAGCAGUGGGGCGUGGGCACUGCCGGGUGCGCGCCGCAGCCGACCUCUUUUAAAAGGCGUCACUCGCCCGCCGCCACUGCCGCCGCCGCCGCCUCUAGCUCAGCCUGGGACCCGCGGCGGGCCGCGCCGGCGAUUCGCAGCCUCCCACACCUUCAUUUAGUCUCCGCUUUCUUCGUCUCACGGGGGAACUCUCCCGAGCGACUCCUCUUUCUUCAGAGAUGCCCCGCUAUGAGCUGGCUUUGAUCCUCAAAGCUAUGCAGAGGCUUGAGACAGCUGCAGCAUUGAAACGCACAGUGGAGACUUUGAUGGAGAGAGGAGCAGUGGUGAGGAAUUUGGAAAACCUGGGGGAAAGAGCGCUGCCAUAUAGAAUCUCAGAGCACAAUGAAGUUCACACCAGAGGAGGGUAUUUCUUGGUAGACUUCCAUUCUUCACCAACAAUUAUUUCAGCCCUCAAGGACCAUUUAAGACGUGACAUUGAUAUAGUCAGAUCUACAAUUAUAAAGCAACAUGUAAAGACAGAAGAAUGUAUGGGCAUAAUCCCAGUAAGCAAUGCAGAUUUACUAACUAGGAAGAAGAAAUAAAUGAAUGAAACUCAUGGAGACCUUGUUGUUAGCAAUUUGACUCAAGCUGUAAGCAUCUACAAUUCACACAGAGUCAGUAUGUACUAAUCACACUAUGUGUGGAGUGUGGCACUCCGUUCCAGCAUAUUUUAUACAUGCUUAUUUGCAAAUAGGUCCUAUGUAACAAAGUGGAACUGAAGUAGAAAUGUGUAGGAUAAGUCAGGAUAUUGUAUAGACAGCAGUAAGGCUCUUCUGUAAUGUAAAUAAGAGUAUAAUGGCAUGUGAACAUUUGUUAAUUAUGGCAAUAAAAUUACAACAAGAACAUCUACAUCCUGGUUUAUAAAAGAGUUAAAGAGACAAAAAUGACAUAGGAAUCAUUCUCUAGUAUGCUCUUCCUCGGUUUCAGUGCAAAUAAACUUAAGUGUUAUGUCAUGAACAUUUAAGAAAAAAAUAUGGCUUUAUGUACAGUUUUAAUUUUACUUCUUCUAAAAUAAAAACAGGUGAUACAUUGU